AUGCAGACUCAAAUAUGUGCAUCAAUGGAUCGAUUUGAUGAAACCAUCCAGUCGCAUGCCGCAGAAGAUCGACAACAUGUCAAGGAAUGUCGAUUCUCUCCCUAUGUUAAUAAUGGAGGAACUGUCGUAGCAGUUGCUGGUAGUGACUAUGCCGUCUGUGUUGCGGACACCCGACUCUCAAUGGGAUUUCAAAUCCAUUCUAGACGUUUUCCCCAAAUAUACGAAACUCGCUUCUUCCCUUACUAUGCGUUCAACGCCUUGGUGGGUGUCGAUAGCCAAGGACAAGGAGCCAUUUAUGACUAUGAUGCUAUUGGAUCGUAUCAGCAAAGUUCAUACACAGCGCGUGGAACUGGAUCAAGCCUUGCUUUGUCAGUCUUGGAUAAUCAGAUCCAUCGCAGCAAUCAAACAAAUCCUCCCCCUCAAUUGAAUAAAUUACAAACAAUUGAUCUCGUGAAAGAUAUCGUAACAUCGGUUUGUGAGAGGGAUAUCUAUACAGGGGACGAAGUAGAUGUUAUCGUUAUCGAUGCUGCUGGAAUCAAUGUUUCUAAGAUGCCAUUGCGCAAUGAUUAA